UACUUAACCUGGAGACCGAGAGGGGAGGCCGAGGGAGGGGAGAGGAGAAGAGGGCCGGCGUCCGACGAGGAGCUCUCCCUACUCUUCGUCAUAAUCUAGGGCCUUGGAAUCGAUCUCUUGUCCCGAGAGAUAGCGAUGAUCUUUCGGUCUCGCCCAUGUGCAUGUGACAAUAUGGAUGAGGAGGAUGAGGACAAACUUUUGUUGAGUAGUUUGGGCAUCACAUCUGUGAAGCCAGAAGAUAUUGAACGUAAAAUAUUAUCAGAGGCAAAAAGUGAUGCUAAGUGUGGAAGUCAAUCAGAGGUCUGCUCUGAGGAGCAUGAGCUUGAUGGAGAGCCUGAAACUGGUCCAUCAUCUACCAGCCGAAUUAAACUUUAUGAUAAAUUACGGGCAGUGGAAGUUGAAAUUGAUGCUGUAGCUUCUAGCAUUGAAGCGGCUAAAGAUGUUGCGUACAGUGAGAAUGACCAUACAGGUAAUGCAGAUAUUAAAGAGGAUAAUGAUAGGAGAAAUGAUGAUGGUUCUGCUCAAGUUACAUCCAAUGGAUUAACUCUGCAGCAGGCACUAGCAACUGACCGUUUAAGAAGCCUCAAGAAAACAAAGGCUCAACUUCAAAAUGAAAUCUCUAAGCUUGAUGAGAAUGCCACUCCUGAGGACUUUGGACAUGAGAAGCUACUUGCUGACCUGGUUGAAGAGAAGUGCAAGAGGAAAUCAAAAGCAGUUGAACAGUCUAAUAGGGAUUCAAAAAGUCAUUUGAAAACUGUUGCUUACAAUGAAGAUGCUGAUUUUGAUGCAGUGCUGGAUGCAGCCUCAACUGGAUUUGUUGAAACUGAAAGGGAUGAAUUGAUCCGUAAAGGAAUAUUAACUCCAUUUCAUAAGAUUAAAGGCUUUGAGCGUCGUGUUCAACAACCUGCACCAUCAAAUAGGCAUGUGCCUGAGGAAAGUGCAGCUGAAGAUCAUGCUUCAGCUAGCAUAGCUAAAGUUGCUCAAUUAAUAUCAGAUGCGGCACAAAAUCGCCCAGCAACCAAAUUGCUUGAUACUGUGGCCUUAUCUGGACUUGAUGCACCAACCCAUCCUUUUCAAAGACUUAAGGCACCCUUGAAACAUCCAGUCUCUCCAAAAGGAAAGGAGUUAGAGAAGAAGACACGAAAGCUGAGAAGGACAAAGAGACCUUUACCUAGCAAGAAAUGGAGAAAGGUAGAUUCAAAGGAGAAACUGCCUGAUGGAAGUGAUGAAGAUUCAAUGGGAGACUCAAUUGCCUCAGAUUAUGGGGAGACUCAAGAAGAGAACACAGAUGAUGGGGAGCAAUCUCCUGUAAUCCUUGAAGGAGGAUUAAAAAUUCCUGCUUCUAUUUAUAUGAACCUUUUUGAUUAUCAAAAAGUGGGGAUGAAGUGGCUGUGGGAGCUGCACUGCCAAAGAGCUGGUGGCAUUAUAGGAGAUGAAAUGGGUCUGGGCAAGACUGUGCAGGUGAUAUCGUUUCUUGGUGCUUUACAUUUCAGUAAAAUGUAUAAACCCAGCAUUGUUGUUUGUCCAGUUACCCUUCUGCGACAGUGGCAGCGGGAAGCUCGAAAAUGGUACCCUGACUUCAGAGUUGAGAUAUUGCAUGAUUCUGCACAUGGUUUAAAUAAACAGACGGUGGCAAAGUCAAGUGAAAGCGAUUAUGAUAGCGAAGAUUCCCUGGAUUCUGAUAAUGAAAGACCUCGCCCUGCCAAGUCGGUAAAGAGGUGGAAUGAUUUGAUUGAUCGUGUUGUGCAAUCAGAAUCUGGGUUACUUCUCACCACAUAUGAGCAACUACGCAUUCUAGGGGAGAAGUUGCUCGAUAUAGAGUGGGGAUAUGCCAUAUUGGAUGAGGGUCACCGUAUAAGAAAUCCUAAUGCUGAAGUAACUUUAGUUUGUAAACAGUUACAGACAGUUCACCGUAUAAUCAUGACUGGUGCACCAAUUCAGAACAAGCUUUCAGAACUUUGGUCCCUUUUCGAUUUUGUCUUCCCUGGAAAGCUAGGUGUUUUACCUGUAUUUGAGACAGAAUUUGCUGUUCCUAUUACAGUUGGCGGGUAUGCUAAUGCUACACCAUUGCAAGUGUCCACAGCUUACAGAUGUGCAGUUGUCUUGCGUGACUUGAUAACGCCAUACCUUCUUAGGCGUAUGAAAGCUGAUGUGAACGCCCAACUUCCCAAGAAAACUGAGCAUGUCCUUUUCUGUAGCCUAACUUCAGACCAGCGAUCUGUUUAUAGGGCAUUCCUUGCUAGUUCUGAAGUGGAGCAAAUUUUUGAGGGCAGUAGAAACUCACUUUAUGGAAUAGAUAUCAUGCGUAAGAUUUGCAAUCAUCCUGAUCUUUUAGAAAGAGAACACUCUGCUCUGCAUCCAGACUAUGGGAAUCCAGAGCGGAGUGGAAAAAUGAAAGUGGUUGCUCAAGUACUUAGGGUCUGGAAGGAGCAAGAACAUCGUGUUCUACUCUUCGCACAGACUCAACAAAUGCUAGACAUUUUGGAAAACUUCCUGGCUGCAAGUGGGUAUAGCUAUCGGAGAAUGGAUGGACUUACUCCUAUAAAGCAGAGGAUGGCACUUAUAGAUGAAUUUAACAACUCAUCUGAUGUCUUUAUUUUUAUCCUGACUACUAAAGUUGGGGGUUUAGGGACAAACUUAACUGGUGCUGACAGGGUUAUCAUAUAUGAUCCUGACUGGAAUCCUUCCACAGAUAUGCAGGCAAGAGAACGAGCUUGGCGGAUCGGGCAGAAACGGGAUGUAACGGUUUACAGGUUGAUCACGCGUGGAACUAUAGAGGAGAAGGUGUAUCAUAGGCAGAUUUACAAACAUUUCCUGACCAAUAAGAUAUUGAAGAACCCUCAGCAAAGAAGAUUCUUUAAAGCCAAAGACAUGAAGGAUCUCUUCACGCUGCAAGAUGAUAGAGAGGGUGGUUCUACUGAGACUUCAAAUAUAUUCAGCCAGUUGUCUGAAGAGGUAAAUGUUGGGGUUGGCAAUGGCUACCAAGAUAAACAAGGGUCCUCUGCAGCUUCCACUGCUCCUGUUGUGCCAGCUAAAGAAACAAACUCUCCAGGGCUUGGAGCAUCUAGCUCCAACAGCAAAGGAAAAGAGAUUGCCGGUCAGAGGAAUGGUGAAAUAGAUGAAGAAACAAAUAUAUUGAAGAGUCUUUUUGAUGCUCAUGGGAUUCAUAGUGCAAUGAACCAUGAUGCUAUUCUGAAUGCCAAUGAUGACGAUAAGAUGAGGCUGGAGGAGCAAGCUUCCCGAGUUGCACGAAGGGCAGCUGAAGCCUUGCGUGAAUCAAGAAGGCUCAGAAGCCGUGACAGUUUUUCUGUUCCAACAUGGACCGGAAGAUCAGGUGCUGCUGGGGCACCAUCAUCCAUCCGUAGGAAGUUUGGGUCUACCAUAAAUACUCAAAUGCUUGGUCCUUCAAAACCAUCAGAAGGGUCUGCAAGUAGGCCUCCUGGUUUAGCAGCUGGAGCUUCCACUGGUAAGGCACUGUCUUCAGCUGAACUCUUGGCUAGAAUCCGUGGAACUCAAGAAAGAGCAGUUGGCGAUGCACUUGAGCAAGAUCUAGAUUUGGCAUCUAGUUCGAAUCAGAGAGAGAGCAUUCCUGAAAACACUGUGGCAUCAAAGCCUUCCCAUAGGUAUAUGGUGGUCCAACCUGAGAUCUUGAUCCGCCAACUAUGCACCUUCAUACAGCAGAGGGGUGGGCAAACUGAUUCUGCUAGCAUAACACAGCACUUCAAGGACAGGAUACAGUCAAAAGAUUUGCCUCUGUUUAAGAAUCUUCUCAAGGAGAUAGCUGCACUAGAGAAAGAUGCUGGUGGAUCUAGAUGGGUUUUAAAGCCAGAAUAUCAGUAGAUGGAGCAUUGUACGAUUUACCAUGCCCUGGUAGAUACAUGCUGCUGUAAAGCUGCAUCUAAUAGUAGGAAUUUGUUGUUUUGGGUGGUAAAACAGCCGGAAAUGUAUCCUUUGUUUUUUGACUGCAACUUCCACAGCUUCUAUGGUACCAGCAUAGAGCUGUUGGGACGUUGUUUUGUUCUACUAAAAUCACGGGCUAAAUCAGUGAUUUCUUCAAAUUCCCUUUUUGCUAUUUUGGAGAGGGGACAGAUGAAAAAGAAAAUGACACUAUUCAGGUGUCAUGCUGUACAUAUUACACAUUUUCAAUCCACUGGAAAAAGGUUUAUUUGCUGUGAUUGUGUAUU